AUGUCCGGUGCUGAAGACCAGUCGCUCGUCGAGGGCAUCGAGUUCCCUGCCAUCCCCCGCGAUGCGCAGAAGAAGAUUGCCCAUCUCCAGGAGGAGUUCCUCCGCGCUGAGGUCGAGCAGCUGCGCAAGUCUGUUCCCCUCCUGCAGCCUCUCUUCAAGAAGCGCAACGAAGUCAUCUCCAUCCCCGAGGUCCAAAGUGACUUCUGGAUCCGCGUCUUCUCCAGCGCCCCCGCUGAGAUCGAUGAGUACGUCCUGCCCACCGACGCCGCCGCGAUCGGUGCCGGCCUGAAGAACCUGAACGUCGAGCGCUUCGAGGUUGAUGCCCAGGGCAACGGCGAGCCCCGCUCCCUCCGCUUCACUUUCGACUUUGAGGCCAGCGAGGACCUCCCCUUCGAGAACACCCAGCUCGUCAAGGAGUUCUACUGGCGUAAGCAGAUCAUCAAGACCUCCAGCGGCAAGCGCCGUACGUGGGAGGGUCUUGUAUCCGAGCCCGUCCGCAUCAACUGGAAGGAGGGCAUGGACUUGACCAAGGGUCUGUUGAAUGCCGCCUGCGACCUUGCCGAGGCCGAGAAGAAGAAGGGUGGUGACCGCAAGAAGCUGCCCGAGUACGAGGCUCUCGUCAAGAAGAUCGGCGAGGUCGAGGCCGAGGCCGAGGGCGAAGAUGAGGAGGAGAACGACGAUGACGAGGACCCCGAGAGCCCCGCCGGCACUAGCUUCUUCGCUUUCUUCGGUUACCGUGGCCGUGAUGUCACCGCCGAGCAGUCCAAGGAGGCUAACAAGGAGGACGACGAGCGUUUUGCCAAGAUUUCCAAGGGUGAGGAAGUCGAGGACGACGACGAGGAUGAGGACGAUGACGAGGAUGACCUCGUUGACGACCUCGAGGACGCCGAGAUCUUCCCCGACGGUGAGGAGUUCGCCAUUGCACUUGCCGAGGAUCUUUGGACCGAUGCUAUGAAGUACUACAUCCAAUCUUUCGAGCUCGGCGACGACCUCGAUGAGCUCGACAUGGAGGAGCUCGAGGGCCUCGACGAGAUGGACGAAGACGAGGAUGAGGGUGAGGCUCAGGGUGAGGGCGAGUCCCGCCCCCGCAAGAAGGCUCGCAACUAA